AUGCAGGAUAAUAAGAUGAAAAAAAUGUUGUUUUCUGCCGCUCUGGCAAUGCUUAUUACAGGAUGUGCUCAACAGACGUUUACUGUUGGAAACAAACCGACAGCAGUAACACCAAAGGAAACCAUCACCCAUCACUUCUUCGUUUCGGGAAUUGGACAGGAGAAAACUGUUGAUGCAGCCAAAAUUUGUGGCGGCGCAGAAAAUGUUGUUAAAACAGAAACCCAGCAAACAUUCGUAAAUGGAUUGCUCGGUUUUAUUACUUUAGGCAUUUAUACUCCGCUGGAAGCGCGUGUGUAUUGCUCACAAUAA